CUAAUAAUAGGCCAAAUACACAAAGAAUGUUUGCCAAACACCAUCAUCGUACAGGUAGUGUUAACUCGAUAGCCCUACAUCCAGCCAAAUCUCCUUCGCUGUGCUCUUCGACCAAUUUGGCCGAAAAACGCGCUGGACACUGGAAUUCUUUAACGGCGACACGCGAUCACCGGGUGUGUAAGUCGAAUGACUGGAAUUAGUGCGGCGCGUAAAAGGCGCCGGAAUGCGGAUGCGCUUCGUCAAACAAAGCACAGGAAGGGAAGGGCGCCACUUGGCAGGUCUUGGAGAAAAAUCGAUAACUAACAGUUGGACGGUCUCAUCUCGAUUCUCAGGACACGACAACGAUGGCUAUUCCAUUUGGCCGAGGGCAGGAUUUCAGAUUGUACUACAGCAGCAACAUCCAGAACAGAUUAUAGCGCCAUGCUCCCCCGUCUGAGCAGGGAGCUGGAGAACCGUCGCGCAACAGCGCAACAGUCAAGGUCACUAUUAACAGGGCGCUUCGGUUUACCCCGAAUAACGUUUGAUGCCGUUCAACUACAUGUAUCGUGUAUAAUGAUACGAGGUUCCAUUUUGGUUGCCGCGAUACGACUUGCGAGUUCUUGUGGAUGCUACUCUUGAGGAGGUGACUGGACACAAUCUAAGAUCUUGGGCACUCUCAGAGCCCUACUUGUGUUAGAGCGACGCUAACUUCUCUAGGAACCCCCCAAUUGGGAUGUGGAAUCCCUGUUGCCGCACAGGUCAACAACGGUAGAGUGGUGUACCUCACGCAAGGUGAACUAAGCUAACGCCACGCCCUCUCUCCCUUGGAUGUGACGUUAUUGGACGCGCCCAUGGCAUACGAAAUCUAUCUAGCUCACGUUCUCGCGAUAUUGCGGCAUGGUGAACCUUGGGGACUGGCUUAAUCGUCUCCGUAUUACAAUCUACUAUCUCCUCGGCUAUUAUCGUUCCUCCAUUGCCGCUUCAUUUUUGCCGGUUUCGUUGCCUUCACCCAAAGUAAGCCAGUGCGCCGACUCGUGUACUGGAUCCUGGGUCGAUUCGCUGGAGAAGGCUACCUACCACGCCGUGAGGGGACCCUGUAUAUUACAACGCCAGUGACAAGGGCAGAUAUAAAAGUUUGUCCUAUAUUAUUCAAAAACUAAUCCUUUGCAAUUUUCCAAAAGCCUUCAAAGGGUAGUGGACACAAUUUUCAACAGCAAAUUUCGAGGGUACGCUCUAGGGAUACCAGCCACAUCCGCUCUCCCUCCCUUGGCCAUUCAUCAACGCAGCUCUCUACCACAGCCCGCACAGUUUUAACAACAAACAAGUAACAAAUUCACAUCAUCAAAGAUGAAGGUUCUCUGUUUACACGGUGCUUUUGGAAGCGAAAAAAACUUUCAAGUCCAAUUAGCGCCGUUUGUGAGCGCCGUGGAAAAGCCUGGGUCGGUUGAUUUCAAAUGGAUUAAUGGCGGCCAUGCAGUCGACCCUCCUACAGGCUUUGAGUCUUAUUUUGGUGCACCUCCUCUGUACCGACACAUCAACUUUGAUGGCGUGAGUGCUGUUGAUGACGUGAUUGAGAAGAUUCGCGACAUGCCUACUGGGCUCUCUGCGGAAGAAUCAAUGCGUCUUCUCAUGGGAAAGGAGGAAUUAUGGACAUCUGGUGCCAUUAUUGACACCAUGGAUCGCCUUUUUGCCAUCAUUGACGAAGAUCCUGAAAUUGACGGAAUCCUUGGGUACUCGGAGGGAGCAACCACAGCUGCCACCUUGAUCCUUGAAGAGCGCCGCCGCCGCGAGCUGGACGGUAAGCCCCGACGUAUCAAGUAUGGUAUCUUCUUUGCUGGCUGGCCCCCAGUGCAGGUAGAUGGCGAGCAUGUGAGAUGCCUGUUGGCUGACGAGUGUGAGGACAUUAUUGAUAUCCCUACCUGUCACAUUGUUGGUUGCAAUGACCCGUACAUCCAUGGAGCCAUGGCUCUCUAUGCCAUGUGUGAUGAGGACACUGCCGUCUUGUUUGACCACGGAAAAGGGCACACUGUCCCACGAGACCCUCGAACAGUCCAGGAAUUAGCAGAAGCCAUUGAUAGCACUCUGGAUCGUGCCAGGGUUGUUGCAGUAUAGGGCCUUACUACAUCACACCCCCUUCAUUCUUAGCGCGCAUAGAAAGCCUGAUUCUUCUAGACCCAUGUUUAAUCAAUUCAAUCAAACCUCGGCUCCCUCCGUACUCUGGAUUCGAACUUUGUACAGACGAUCUAAGUUACAGGACGGUACCGACUUCCUUAUCAAAACUAGGUAACAUCGUUGCAACAACCUAUAGACAGGCGUCGACUAGUCUUGGCGCUAUCCCAGAAUAGUUAUGAUAUGUCGAUUUCACAAACUAGCGUGAUUUAGAGCGGAUGACACGAUAAUGAUGAAAAAGGAGCGCAACAAUCGCUCCUGUUUCCGGCAAUUUAGAGUUCAGGCACCUUGGUAGGGCACGCUAAUCAGUAAGCUGCACGUGGUGUUCGCUUCAAGAAUGGCAAUGUGGUGCCGAAGGGACAAGUUAGAAGCCGCUGAUCAACUUGGAAAGUUAAUUCCCCAGUUUCCGGCGCUGUCGAGAGGGUUGCAUCCUUUGGCAUUGCUGGUCUUGCAACCAACUUAUGCACAACCCCAGUCUAGUCAGCCACAAUAUGGGCUAGGUGAAGCGAAGGUGCCCAUGUUGCUGCAGGAUGCACGAUAACUGAAACACGGUUACGGCUCGAAGCCGCUCAUUGGGGAAGACUAUUAUUAGAAGGAUUUUCUAUCCAUGUCGAGAUAGAGCAUUGGGCUAGUGCACUUCGGAAAUGCUUACCGGGCAACUCCGUUUGCCACGGUAAAAGCCGGUAGUUAGACGACGAUGGCAGCCGAGGAACCCCCCAAACUCCAUAGGG